AUGUCACCUACUAAAAUCACUUCAAAGGAACAAGUUUCCCAACUUUUGCAAAACUACGAUACGUUUAUUUUCGACUGUGAUGGUGUUAUCUGGUUAGGAGACCAUGCUAUCCCAGGUGCAGUGGAGAGUAUUGAACUAUUGACAAGUUUAAAUAAACAAGUUAUCUUUGUUACAAAUAACUCAACAAAAUCAAGAAAAGCUUAUACUAAAAAAUUUGAAAAAUUUGGUUUAAAAGUUUCAAAAGAACAAAUUUUCGGUUCAGCUUAUGCAAGUGCAACUUAUCUUCAUCAAUUUAUUAAAUUACCUCUUGAUAAGAAAGUUUGGGUUAUGGGUGAAUCCGGUAUUGAAGAAGAAUUGAAAGAAUUGGGAUAUACUUCAAUUGGUGGUACUGAUGCAAGAUUGGAUGAAAAAUUUGAUGCAAAUACAACACCUUUUUUACCAAAAGAUUCUUCAGUUGGUGCAGUUAUUACAGGUUUAGAUACUAAAGUUAAUUAUCAUAGAUUGGCUAUAACUUUACAAUAUUUACAAGAUCCUAAUGUUGAAUUCUUGGCUACAAAUAUAGAUUCUACUUUUCCUCAAAAGGGGUUAAUCUUGCCAGGUGCAGGUUCAAUAAUUGAAAGUGUUGCUUAUUCUUCUGGUCGUGAAUCUAUUGCAUGUGGUAAACCAAAUCAAAAUAUGUUGGAUGCUAUUGUGGCUGAUAAAGGAUUGGAUAGAUCUAGAGCCAUUAUGGUUGGUGAUCGUUUAAACACUGAUAUCAAAUUUGGUAAUGAUGGUGGAUUGGGUACUUUAUUAGUUUUAACUGGUAUUGAAACUGAAGACAAUGUCCUCAAGACUGGGGCACCUAAAUUUUAUGCUGAUAGUUUGGGAGUUAUCGGAGAACUAUACAAGUAG